GGGUCUCCACAGUGCCCUCUGCUCCUCCUGCCCACGGUCUUCCUUGCUCUCCCCACAUUGCUGGCUUCAGGCCCAGACACUGCUCCUCUCCAGGCAAUGGCUGCUCUUCACGUGCUGUGGAUGGGGCUGGUCCUGUUGGGGCUCUUGGGAUUCCCACAGGCACCAGCUGAGAGUGACAGCCAUGACUCCGUGCAGCCCAACUUUGACCAAGACAAGUUUCUGGGGCGCUGGUACAGUGCAGGCCUGGCCUCCAAUUCAAGCUGGUUCCGGGAGAAGAAGUCAAUACUGUUUAUGUGCAAGACAGUGGUAGCUCCCUCCUCAGAUGGCGGCCUCAACCUCACCUCUACCUUCCUCAGGAAAAACCAGUGUGAAACCAAGGUCAUGGUGCUGCAGCCUGCAGGGGUUCCCGGACAGUACAACUACAACAGCCCCCAUUGGGGCAGCAUCCACUCCGUCUCCGUGGUAGAAACCAACUAUUUUGAGUACGCACUGCUGUUCAGCAGGGGCACCAAGGGCCCAGGCCAGGACUUCCGCAUGGCCACUCUCUACAGCCGAACCCGGACUCUAAAGGACGAGCUGAAGGAGAAAUUCACCGCCUUUAGCCAGGCCCAUGGCCUCACAGAAGAGGACAUUGUUUUCCUGCCCCAACCGGAUAAGUGCCUUCAAGAGUGAAGACAGGUGAGAGAAGCCAGUCAGUGGGCGAGCUUCACUGCGUGACCUGGCCCUCGGGACUCCUUCGCUCUGUCAUUCUUGAGGUCCUAGCCCUGGCUCCCCAAAGUGCCUCUACACCCUCCAGCUUUGUCUUGACUGAGAAAUAAAGUCCAAAGCAAGUCAGA